GUAGAUGCGGAUGUGUAGUUCAGAAUACACAUGGUAUUCCGUGUGCUUGUCACACCUUCUUCGCCGUGCAGAACGGGCGUCUCCUAUACUGUCAGGAGGUUGAUCCAUUUUGGUACAGACUAGCCAUUGGUGAUGGUACAGAUUCAGCUGAGAUAUUAUCUGAGCGCGAUCAGGACCGUCAGUUCUUCAUGUCAUUAGUGACCGAGGUACAGGCUAGGGAUCCCGCGAUCAUGAGGUCUGUUUCUCGGGUACUCCAACUUGAAUUGUACCCCGACCGUCGUUCAUUUGAGGAGCCAGAAGUUAAUGCGACGAGUAAAGGUCGGGGAAAGUUGAACAAGGGCUUGCGACGGAACAAAAGUGGGUUUGAGCACGUUAUGGGCAAGUCUACGAGUAGUGGCAAAUCUUCUGCGGCCACUGGAUGGAGAUUCGAUAUGGAACGUUUUCCAUACUUUCAUAGACUUCCACUGACCAUCCAAGAGCAUAUUGAAGGCUGGCUUGAUGUAGUUGCCGAUGGUAAUUGUGGUUUUCGAUGCGUAGCAGAUGCUUUUUGUUCGGGUCAAGACAAUUGGGACAUUGUACGUCGAACUACGGUGAGUGAAUUGCAUCAAAAUGGUCCUCUGUUUCAUUGGAUAUAUGGUGAUGAUCUGAAUGAGGCAAUUACGCGUAUUACAUGGGAAGUUGAUGUUGGAGGUAGGAACGCUCUGCCACAAAGAGAGUUAGCCAUAGCUCAUCUUGGGAGUUACAAGCAUUUCAUUCGGCUUCAACUUAAGCAAGGACACCCGGUCCCUCAGAUUCCUCCACCAUGGUUUAGAGUUGCUUCCCAAAAUGUUCUUUCUUGGGCACAACAUUAUUCAAGACGGACACAACGUUGGGAUUCAUCGUCGACCUCUACGACUCGAACAACGACUAUAACUAUUGAUUAG